GAGCGCAAAGAGGGGAAAGGCUGUUUUACUCUGAGAGGUUUAAGGAGAGGAUGGACUCGAGGCAGAGCAGAGACGACGGAUAAAUAAAACCACAUUUCCUGGGAAAAUUAAAUUUUUUUUGUCUAAAAAGGAAUAAUUUUUUAAAAGAUAUUAAAAAGGACAUUUAACCACUUUUUUUUCAACAUUUUUCUUCGGUUUCCUAUCAGGACUUGGAUUCUUUGCUGAACACAAAAGAGACUAAAGAGAAGGAUAUUUUCUACCAUCCACCUGAAACAGUGAAUACAAACACACCCGUCCUACCUCAGCCUCAGGAUUAUGGUGGUGCAUGGUCCGCGUGGGGAUCUGAGACAGGAUCAAAAUGCUGAAAUGUAAAGUUUGCAGUUAUUUCUGCUGUCUGCGGUUCACCUCGUUGCUGCUGCUGCUGCUGCAUCAGAAUGGAAGCAGCGCAGCUCCCACAGAGGAAAAUGUAGCUUCUUCACCAUGUAGCAUCUCCUUAUCUGAACUGGUAUCCAGUCUGGACUCCAUAUCACUGACUGUGAGCACACCUGGACAGAACUGCUCUUUCACUGUGACCUCUCCAGAUACAGAUGGCAUCGAGUGUAGGCAAAGAACAAGAGAAGAGGAGGCGGUGGAGGGUUCAAGCAGAGCACAUCAUGUAGGAACCGACCAGCUAGGAGUUGAAGCGGGAGGAAACAAGAGCAUGAGAGAAGUUUUCACCUGUGUUCUGGAUCACCUGGAGCCUGGGACCACCUACCAGCUGCAGGUGCAGUCGAAGACAGAUCAGGAGUCUGCAAACAUCACCGCGCACACCAAGCCCUCGGCGGUGAUCAGCCUGGCGGUGACAUCCAGGACCUGCAGCAGUCUAAGUCUUUCCUGGCAGGCCGGAAACGGCAGGACGCAGCGCUUCAGGCUUCAGCUAUGGGAACAGUCUGAGAGUCCAGAUCAGUCCGGUCUGCUGAAGAACGAGACUUUAGGGAGCACAACAACACGACACACACUAAACAGCCUGGUGCCAGGUCGACUGUACAACAUUACUGUGGUGACAGAGGGCGGCAAGCUGCAAAACAGCCGGACCAUCAAGGCUCAGACAGUGCCUUCUGCUGUUUUCAACCUCACCACUAACUACGAGAAUAGCACCAGCUUGCUGUUGUCGUGGCAAAAGCCCAAAGGCGACCUGGACGCUCUCAUUGUCACGCUCACAUCCAAUGGCACGAGGCUCUGGGAGACCACCCUGCCUGGGAACGUCACAGAGGUCACCAUCCAUCAGCUGACUCCUGGCUCAGCCUAUCAGCUUACAGUGACUUCUAGGAGUGGCAGACUGACAAACCAAUCAGAAAUCACUGUCAGGACAGCUCCAGCUCCAGCAUCCCUCCUCACCUUGUCUCCCUCUACCUCUGGUGGCCUCUUCCUAGCUUGGUCACCUCCAGCUGGUCACUGGGAGAACUACAGGCUGUUCCUAUUUGAUGGCUCUCAACAGAUAGUCAGCACAUCUCUGGACCAGGAGGCAGUGAACUUCAGCAUCCCCAGUGCAGGACUAACACCAGGGAGGGUGUACAGAGUUGUGUUGAGAGUGGAGAGUGGAGGACUGACAGCUGAGAGUAGCUGUGAGGGAUCAACAGCUCCUGCUCCGGUAUUGGAUCUCCACAUUCGGCACUCUGAUCAGACCUCACUCAGUGCUAUGUGGAGCCACUCCCCCUUGGGGUUACGUGACAGCUACUUCCUCACCCUUUACCAUGGUAAUAACACAGAGGCUACCAGGACAGUGGAGCCAAAUAUGAGGGAGUGCACCUUCAAUGUCCUCACACCUGGUAGACUGUACACCAUUACCGUGACAACCAGAAGUGGAAAACUGAACACCUCUGUUUCUGUGGAGGGGAGAACAGUUCCCACGGAAUUGCAUGCCUUCACUCUGAGAAACAUGGGCAUCAACAAUCUUGAGGCCUCAUGGACAAAACCACCAGGAGAUGUAGACUUGUACAUGUUGACAUUGCUACGGGAUAGUGUUGUGGUUCAGAACUACAGCGUUCCAGUUAGCUCUUCUUCUCUGCUGCUGGCUGGUUUGACACCUGGCACCCUCUACAGGCUGCAGGCUGUCACUGUCAGUGGGAAGCUACAAUCUAACCCCAUCAGUCUGGAGGCACGCACAGCCCCGGAGCCUGUCUCUGAGAUAACUGUUUCAAAUGGCGGCAAGUCCGAUGCUCUGCAGGUGUCGUGGCGUCCUGUGUCAGGAGUCGUGGACAGCUACCUGGUCUGCCUUGAGGAGAGGAAAGGAAUUUCUAAACACAAAUUUGUUGUGUCCCACUCCUCACCACCUGAGUGCUCAUUCAGGUCGCUGGAGGCUGGCCGGCUUUAUUCGGUGGUCAUAAAAACAAGGAGUGGCGACCUGGAGACUGCCGCCACCGUCCUAGCUCGAACACAACCAGCCACUGUGCAAAAUCCAAUAGCUGUUCACUCUGGAAGAGACAACUUCCUCAAGGUGUACUGGCGCCAAGCGGCUGGGGUUCUCGACCGUUACGUGGUUCUGAUCCGUUACAAUCACACGGUGCUGCAGAAUAAGAGUGUCUCAGCAGGACACAACGAGUGCAUCUUCUCAUCUCUGACAUCGGGUAGACUCUACACUGUCACUGUGGAAACCUGGAGUGGAGACUAUGUCAGCAGCAUCUCCACAGAUGGACGCACCUUUCCUGCAGCUGUUCAGAAUCUGUUACUCAGCAAUGCAGGAACCAACAAGUUGAACGUGACCUGGAGUCCCGCCCCUGGAGACGUGGAUUACUAUGAGGUCACUCUGCUCUUCAACGAUUCUCGAGUAUUCCCUCCGGUCACGCUGGGUGGUGAGGUGCGACAACACCGGCUGACCUCUUUGACGCCUGGGCGGCUUUAUAAGAUUGUGGUGGCGACAUUCAGUGGAUCAUAUCAGAGAGCAGAGUUUAUUGAGGGGCGAACAGUUCCCAGAGCUGUAGGAAACCUCCACCUUGUUCCACAACCUGGUCUGACUGACUCUGUUGCUGGACUUUUGGCUUCCUGGUUGCCUGGCGAAGGAGACCUGGACAUGUACAUUGUGUCCCUGUUGACCGUGGACGGAGUCACUAUCGACACUCGUCCUGUUCCCAAACAUGUCACCACCCUGGACUUUUUAGAGCUGACCCCAGGUCACCUUUACACCAUCACUGUCCAAUCGAUGAGUGGGAAGCUAAGCAAUAGCAACACAGCCACAGGCAGGACAGCUCCAGCCAGAGUCACAGCCCUCCAGGCUGAUAAUGAUCACACCACCCACAGCCUCACCGUCAGCUGGGAGCGGCCAGUGGGCGCAUAUGACAGCUACAGCCUGCAGCUGCUGGACGAGGCCGGCAUCGUGGUGAUCAAUAGAACGGUCGCAGCGGAGAGUCGAACCGAGCUUCUGGAAGGUCUGACGUCAGGGAAGUUGUAUCGCGUGAGGGUCGUAACGCUGAGUGGUGGCGUGCCGUCACUGGAGGCAAGCGCAGAGGGGCAAACACGUCCCGCUGCCGUCAGUAAUCUAUUGGUCAUUUCAGCCAACACCUCCUCUCUCUCCUUCUCUUGGCGUCCGUCCGAUGGCCAUGUCGACAUCUAUGACCUGACCCUGUACAGCAUCUCUGAGGGGACCACCAAUCACAGGCAGGGCUCUCCUGGGAGCAGGAGGGAUCAUCACACGAAUGCAGGUGAACAGGUGGACCUGCAGAAGGUGGGCUCGGCUGCAGACAGCUGUGUGUUCUCUGGGCUGAGAGCAGGAAGUCUGUACAAGCUGCAGGUGGUGAGCUGGAGCAGAGACAUGAGCAGCGAAUCAUCUGUGCUGGCCAGAACCGUCCCAUCUCCAGUCUCGUCUCUACAGGUCGAGAGUUCAGGAUGGACGGACAGACUGGGAGUCAGCUGGCAGCAUGGAGAGGGAAGCUUUAGCAGUUAUGAGGUGGUGUUGUACGAUGUUUCUGGAUCCACCCUGGGAGCCCAGACUCUUGGUGCGGAGCACACAAGUCACACCUUCACUGCGCUGGUCCCUGGUAGACUGUACCGUGCUGAGGUCAUCACGCACAGUGGAGAUUUGACCAAUAAUGUUUCAGCAUUUGGGCGCACCUCUCCCCAACCGCCUGCCCACCUGUCUGUCAAACAAGGCCCGAGCAAUGACACAAUAGAGCUGUUGUGGGCUGUUCCCACCAAAGGAGACUACAGUAACUUCAGUCUGCAGUGGACUCCUCCUGAUCAGCUGACGGUCACACAAACCCAUCUGACCAGCUGCAUUGUGGGCGGGAUGUUUCCAGGGCGAGAGUACAACUUCACUCUGAUGACUGCCAGUGGGGGCGGAGCCAAAGGUGGACCAACAGUCAGGAGCCAGCCAAUCCAGAGGAACAUAAGAACAAGUCCAUCUUCUCUAAAGUCCAUCCACUGCUUCCCUCUCUCCUCUUCCUCCCUCUCUUGCUCCUGGUCACCUCCACACGCAGACUUUGACUCUUACGAGGUUGAGUGUCGGCGCUACGAUGACCGGGAGCUGAUCUCAGCAUUGAAGCUAGUGGGAGGUGUCACAGCGGUGACACUGGACCACUUGGAGCCAUACAGGAAAUACUCUGUGACGGUCAGAGUGUCAUCAGCCGGACAGACGAGCCCGCCAGUGACACACACCACCGUCACUAUGAUCGACCGCCCUCCUGUCCCACCUCAAAGCGUACGUGUCACCAAAAGGUCAUCGAAGAUCAAGUCAUCCUCCAUCCUGUUUCGCUUUAACUGCUCCUGGUUCACCGACACCAACGGAGCCAUCCGAUACUUCACCGUGAUCGUGGCCGAGUCUGAUGCCAAUGAAAUGCUGCAGCCAGAACAGCGCCACCCACUGCCCUCAUACCGCGACUACAUCAGCAACUCAUCCGUCAGAGCCUAUCAGACUGCCUACUUCCCCAGCCGCUGUCCACAGGACACUGAGAGCUCUGCUGGGCAGGUGGUGGAGGUGAACCUGGGCGCAGGAGGAGACCGGCUGGGGGGAUCCUGUGAUCAUUACCAUGACGGUGACCUCUAUCUGAGUGACAGCUAUGGUGCCUUCUGUGAUGGGCCGCUGAAAGCCAAAACAUCAUACAGGCUAAGCAUGCGAGCCUUCACCCGACUGUUUGACGAGAACCACAGAGAGUUUUCUCAGCCGCUCUUCACUGACACUUACCUGUCUGAGCCACUCCGGACGCACGCAGAGCCUCUAGGUGGCGUGGUGGAGGGUCUGAGUGCUGGCAUGUUCCUCAUUGGUAUGAUGGUGGCAGUCGUCUCUCUGCUGGCCUACAGACAGAGGCUACGCAAAGUGGCUGUGCAGGAGAACCCGGUGGUGAGGAUGAGCAUGUGGAAAGAAGUUCCAACUUCAGGGAUGUAUAUGGGCGUCCGGAGUAACCGUCGGAUCACCAGUCCUAUCAAAACGGGCCAUUUCGAGUCGCAUCUGACCAAGCUGCAGGCCGACUCCAACUACUUGCUUUCUGAAGAAUUUGAGGAUCUGAAGGAUGUCGGCCGUAACCAGACGAUGGAUGUCGCCCGAGUGCCGGAAAACCGAGGAAAGAACCGCUACAACAACAUCCUGCCAUAUGAUUCUACCCGAGUGAAGCUGUCGUACCUGGAGGACGACCCCUGCUCCGAUUACAUCAACGCCAGCUACAUACCUGGUAAUAACUACCGCAGGGAGUACAUUGCCACCCAGGGGCCGCUCCCGGGCACGAAAGAUGAUUUCUGGCGGAUGGUGUGGGAGCACGGCGUCUACAACAUCAUCAUGGUGACCCAGUGUGUGGAGAAAGGACGGGUGAAGUGUGACCAGUACUGGCCUGCAGACAGAGAGCCUCUGUACUACGGUGAUCUGGUCAUUCAGAUGCUGUCAGAGUCUGUCCUGCCUGAGUGGACCAUCCGAGAGUUCAAGAUCACCUCGGAGAGCAGCUGCAGUUAUCCUCGGGUACUGCGUCACUUCCACUACACGGUGUGGCCUGAUCACGGCGUCCCUGAGAGCACCCAGUCCCUGAUCCAGUUUGUCAGGACAGCCCGGGACUAUGUGGACCGAUCGCCCAGCACCGGAGCCACCGUCAUUCACUGCAGUGCUGGAGUCGGGCGCACAGGGACCUUCAUUGCUUUGGAUCGGGUUCUGCAGCAGCUGGACUCCAAAGGAACCAUCGACCUUUACGGCUGCGUGUUCGACCUCCGCCUGCACCGCCAGCACAUGGUCCAGACUGAGUGCCAGUAUGCCUUCCUGUAUCAGUGUAUUCGGGAUGUCCUGAGAGCCAGAAAGCAUCGCAGCGAACAGGAGAACCCUCUCUACCCCAUCUACGAAAACUUCAACCCUGAGUACUGCAGAGAUUUCAUUUACACUGGACGCUAAAGAGAUGACGAUGUUCAUGCUAUAAAAACGAGGAAACAUUCCAACACAAGAAACGGACAAAACAGGGAAUAUAAAUAAAUAAGUCCAAGACUGUAAAAACCUUUUUUCAGGGCUGUAGGUCUUGCACUUUGAAUCACUGGUUUUACAGAAACAAAUUCAUUGAGGAAAAGUAGAAAUUAAAGUGCAGAUUUGGGAUUAAAUAAAAACAAAGCAUAAGACAAGUCAGAGGUUCUGGGUUUGUUGGCGCUGCAGGGAAGACUUUCGUAGCUAGAGCAGGUGAUCAGCUAGUGAUCAGCACAAUCUGAGAAAAGUUUUUAAAAUUUAGUAAAUUUAGCAAAUAACACCUCACAGACUUUCCACUAAAUCGACAGUCUGAUUUUAUUCAACACAAGAAUCCAAAACCAUUAAAACAUCUGACACCUAUUAUUUUUAACCAUACAUUUAUAUAUUUAAAAACAGGAUUGAAUGAUAAUUGUGCAGCAUAUUAUUAUAAUUAUAUAGUCAUUUCUGUAAUUUUGAAUAAAUCAUCUUCCAUAAAGCUGUUUAAGAACUGUGAGUACCUGUUAAAUAAUCUGCAUCUGAGCUCAGAUUGGCAUGCAAAUUGGAUUUCUUUUUUUUUUUUUUUCUAAAUCCACCUGACAGUCCAG